UUCGGUUAGUGAAGAGUACACAGUUUAAUAUGAUUUGUGGUGGUUCAUCUGGUGCAAAGUUCCGUAUCUCACUGGGUCUCCCAGUGGGAGCGGUCAUCAACUGUGCUGACAACACAGGUGCCAAGAACUUGUACAUAAUCUCUGUAAAGGGCAUCAAGGGGCGUCUGAACCGUCUGCCGGCUGCAGGAGUGGGUGACAUGGUCAUGGCCACAGUGAAAAAAGGCAAACCUGAGCUCAGGAAGAAGGGUGAGUCUGACCAGCCUGCAGCACCUCCACUCAUACUGAUGCUUCUGUGUCGUCAGUUAAUCCUCACAAUACGGGCCGUCAUAAUAAAUUAUGCGGGAUGAUGGAUUGUCCCAGGAAUUACAGCUAUAAAUGGUAAUACUGUCAUUUAACAAACAUAAUACAACCUCUAAAAUGUCAAAAAAUAAAUAAAAAUAAAACUUUAUUGUCUAAAGAACAUUCAA